UAAACAAGCUAUUAUUGUGAACUAUCACUUAUUUAGGUAAAAAUUUCUACGUGAUUGUAAUAUUUUUGAAAAAAACUAAGAAAUUGAAAGGUAAGAAAGGAUAAUUUAGGGGUUGCUGUUGCUGCUGCUGCUGCCGUUGCCACUACCACUGCCCAUUACGCGAGUACUCCCGCGCUACAUUUAUGAUGUCCUCAGUCUUCACAGGUGAAAAUUUUGCGGUUUCAGAAGAUGCAGACAAUCAAAAUUUCUCUAUGAAACAUAAUAGAGCUUAUACAGAAGACAAUGUGCUGGUUUACAAUAUAUUUGUAUACAGCAUACCAAAACAAUUUACAGAAAACGAUGUACGCGAUUAUUUUACAACUUUUGGUAAUGUGAUUGAUGUAAACCUGGUCCCGGACAAAAAGAAAUCUCGGCGUGCGGCGCCCAAAGUAGGGUUUGUCAACUUUUCGGACCCGGAAAGUGCCGCCAGCGUCCUAGAAAAGAAUACUCAUCGCUUGCAAGGCUGGCGUAUCGGUGUGAAAGCUGGUGACAGCUGGAAUCAGCCCAAUGCAGAAAAAGCAUGUAGUGUUAAGGUACGCGAUAGUUGGUUUCAGCCCACUAUUACAUCAAUACCGACAGAUGGCACCAAUUUUACUUCGUUGAAUGAUGAUUGUCUAGAAAUAAUUUUCGGUAUGUUGGAGUUGAAAGAACAAGUACGUUUUGCACGUGUAUGUCAGCGCUUCCACGAUAUUUUCCAAAUGCAUUGCAAACGCGAAUUCAAAAACUUCGAUUUGUAUAAAAUGUGUGAUGUGACGCUAUGGGAAAUCCGUGAUUUCUUUCGUUUUGCUGGUGAAAAUAUUGAAAGCAUAUACGGCAGUGUGCCGUAUAAAAAUCGCAAGCGAAUUGUUGAAUUUAUCAGAACAUUUUGUACAAAGCUUAAAACUAUCAAACUGGAUGAUAGUAAAAUGAAUCUAGACUGCCUGAAGAAACUAUUGCGUCGUUUUCCACAUUUGCAAGCCUUGGCGCUACGUGAUUGUGCUUUAAGUGACGUCUACAUAGAGACCAUGACACAUUUAAAGCAUUUAGAAACUCUCGAACUCCCGGAAAAUUAUGAAUUGACCGGUAAAUCCAUAAGCAAACUGACACAACUGAAGGUACUGAACUUAUACGGUUGUUGUAAUAUACAAACUUCACAUUUGGUCGAUAUUUGCGAAUCACUGCCAAACUUAAAAGCUCUGGACAUACGUCGUUGUGAACGGCUAUCGCCCGCACUUUUAGACGUUAUGAUAGAACAUUGCAAAGAAUUGGAAAUUUUAAAAAUGUCUUGCCCGGAGUUUCCAUAUGAACGUGUCGCAUUAUUGCCAAAACUAAAGCACCUAGAAUUGCUUUAUUACUCUCUCUACGGUACAUCACAGAAGCGUCUCUUGGCUGAACUUGUCGCCCACAAGGCUGAUCAAUUCGAGAUUUUGAAAAUUGUUGCCAAAAAUACACUUACUGUCGAGCAUAUUGAUCUAAUAUCGGAGCUGAGACAGUUGAAAGUACUGUUUGUCGCCAACAAUCCGGCAGUGAACGAUGAUGCACUCGAUGCAUUUUGUAAAUUGCAACAACUCGAAGAGUUGACAAUCAAAGGCUGCGGUAACAUAACAAACCGCGCACUUUUGCGGCUGGUGCAAAGCUGCAAACAACUACGUCUGUUAAACAUACAGUUUUGCAAAAAAAUAACCAUGGACUUUCUGCUAGAAACUAUACGCGCAUUAAAAGCUACAGAACAACGCAAAAAAACAUUACAGCUCAUAGUGUAUGGUACAUCAAUGGAUUACUAUGGUGUGGGUGAGUGUGAAGAAUACAAAGAAGCUGCGGCACAGUCUUUGGUUAAAGUUAUCUUCCACGCUUCAAAUAAGGAAUUAGGUUUAGAAGAAGGCGUAGACAUUUAUAAUAUCUGGGAUGGAGAGCAUUGGGUUGACGAUGAAGACGAUCUAACCGAUGAUUAUGAUGAUGAUGAUGAUGAAGACUUACAUUUUCCUGAUUCGGAUAUGGACGAUGAUGACAUCAAUUUUGUUUACGAUGUAUUUGGAGUAUAUCCACCUGGUCACGAUAUCAAUGAUGUUAUUUGGUGAAUUCAUUCUUAAAAAGGACUACACUGCUGCAAACACUAUUAUUUAUUAAUGUUUAAUAAUGUACAAUUUUUACUUUUUUAUGUUUAUUUGAAAUAAAAUUGAAUUUUUCUAAUUAUGAAAUAAGUAAAAAUGUUGAAAAUAAUUUUGCAUAACUUUUCUAUAUUAUUCUAAAUAGUUUUAUAGCUGGUGAAGCCGCAUAUGCCGUGUUCUAAAGAACUUGCACGCUUAAUUAAACUUAAUUAAAGUUCAUUUUAACGUUAUUAGCAAGUCAAUUAUGCACUCAAAUAUAACUAUAUAAACAAAAAUUAUGAAAAAAAUUUAUUUUGUUAAGUUUCGCAAUUUAUUUAAAAUUACUAAGUUGGCGUCCAACAUUUACAUAGUAAUUUUGUCAAAAUCUGACGUUUUCGAAAUUUUAUCAUAUAUUUUAAUAGAUUAACUAAACGAUUUUUCUAAUUCACACCUUGCAAGAAUUUCGACAAAAAGUCAGUGGGUUUGGGAUCUUGGCUUUCCUUCCAGUAACGCAUUAUGUGCCCCUUUUGCUUCCAAAUUUCUACUGUCUCCUUCAGCUCCAUUUGACCCUGUAAAAAUAUAGAUCACUUAGUUAAAUAAUUCAUAAUUUAGUUAAACCAAUUAUUUAAAUUAGUUUUAAACAAAUGAAAUAAAUUUUUUGUUUAAAUAAAAAUCAGUAACAAAAAAAAUGUCAACGCUGCGGACAGGAUUCGAACCUGUGCGGGUAGAACCCAAUGGAUUUCAAGUCCAUCUCCUUAACCACUCGGACACCGCAGCUACAUGAAUACUCGCGGCUAAAUAACAUUCUCAUACUAAGUGAGAAGAGAGCGCGCUCUCAGUAAAAUGAGAGAACAACAAAAGCUUUGGUAUUGCCAAAGUAGAUAAAAGCUUUACUAUUUUUAAUUGGCGUUCUGCAUUAAAAGACAAUAUGAAAUUGCCAUUGGCUCACUUCAAAUUUAAAAAGAUGGUUUGUAUAUGGAAGAACUACUACCUUUGUACUACCCAAUACAAAGCAACAUCGAAGUGGUGGUUUCGAGAAAUAAGCAGUUCCUUGGAGAGCAAAGGAGGUAUGAAAAUUUUCGGAACGAAAUCUCUAACUGACUAAUGGACACUACUUCUUUACUGGCGUAAAAAGCGCUUGCACGAUUAUAGCCAAAAACGUAACGUUUCGUUGGACAUGGUCGCAUCUCAUCCGAGGCUGUUUAUAGUUUUUCAUUGGGGAUGUUUUUUACGUGGCGGGUACCAAGCCUAGCGCAAAACUCUGUGGAGAGGAUGUUUCACGUUUUCACUUCUCGCCUUUAAACGGAUGUUCUUAGGCUGACCAGAGGAUACUUGGUCAAAAACCGAAGUCGUGAGCUGCUUGAGCCAUAAGUAAAAGGAUCGUUUCUGGCCACUUCCAAGUGAAUGGUGAUCAGCGUGAACCUCUACGGAUGACUCCAUCCUCCUUAACGGCCACUAACAAUUGGAAUUUUACCUAUUACUAACACAAAACAGUCAAAGAUUUAUAAGUUUUGAUUCAAUUCGAUUCAACAAAACAAAAGCUUAGAUACUAAUGAAUUUUCAUUAUGCACAAACUAGUCUCCCUAUGCGUAGCACUGCAUAAUAGUUUACUACUUUAAAGCUGCAUACAUACCUUUAUGACCAGCAUAUCAACAACGCGCACAUCGGUCACAUUACGAUGCCUUUCGAAUUCUUCGCGCAGUUUAGCGCGGCACUCUUCCACCGAUUUGGGUAUGUCAUAGUCCAUGACUGUCAUAUGAAAAUAUAAACAUUUAUUUGUAUUUUUUAUUGUAAUGCUUAAAUUGUGGCUCAAAUGCUUGUUGAUGUUUGUGACCAUAAGCGUACGCCAUCACAACGCUUGGAGCAGCCGAUGACAUAACAAACAUUUUGACAACUUUUACGCGCUUACCAAUAUAAGGAAUUUGCCGAUACCAGGCUUUGUAGAGAUUGAGUGCACGUUUGCGCGCCUCCUCACGAUCCACCGACAAGAUGGGACGCACUUGUUGCACAGCUUUUCUUACAGCUUCACGUCCGGCCAUCUUUCUCGAUUUUGGUAAAAUUCAACAAAACACAAGAAAAAAAUCGUCCAAUUUUAAGGAAGAAGAGACAAAUAGCAGGUUGAAA